AUGCUGAACUUCGAGGAUGUUGAGGAACGUGACGGUGUGCGACUUUCCUGGAAUGUCUGGCCGUCUUCGAGAAUAGAGGCAACUCGCACGGUGGUGCCCAUUUCCGCCUUAUACACUCCGUUGAAGCAACGUGAAGACCUUCCCCCAGUGCUGUAUGAGCCCGUCACCUGUAAACCACCAUGUCGCGCUGUCCUCAAUCCAUACUGCCAAAUCGAUAUUCGCGGAAAACUAUGGAUCUGCCCCUUCUGUCUGCAGCGCAACGCGUUCCCUCCUCACUAUAAAGACAUCUCCAACACGAACCUACCUGCCGAAUUACUCCCAAAAUAUACCACCAUAGAGUACACGCUGUCCCGCCCCGCUCAGGUUCCUCCGAUUUUCCUAUUUGUUGUCGACACUUGCUUGGAAGUGGAGGAGGACCUCAAGGCGCUACGCGAUGCGCUGGUGGUCGGCCUGAGUCUUAUCCCGCCCUAUGCGCUGGUCGGUCUCAUCACAUACGGCACAAUGGCCCAAGUCCAUGAGCUGGGUUACGCCGAGUGCAACAAGUCCUACGUGUUCCGCGGCGGCAAGGAGUAUUCGCCGAAGCAGAUCCAGGACAUGCUCGGGCUGAGCUCCACAAACCGCGCUGCACCGCGUCCAGGCCAGCCAAUGCAGGCAUUCGGUGCGGCACGCUUCCUGUUGCCCGUGCAGCAGUGCGAGUUCCAGCUCACCGGAAUCCUGGAGGGGCUCACGCGUGACCCGUGGCCCGUCGCGAACGACAAGCGUCCGUUGCGCUCUACUGGUGUCGCGCUCUGCGUUGCAGUCGGGUUGCUGGAGACGACGUUCCCGAACACAGGCGCUAGGAUUAUGCUUUUUGCAGGUGGACCUGCGACCGAGGGUCAUGGUAUGGUGGUUAGCAAUGAGCUGAAGGAGCCUAUUCGUUCUCAUCACGACAUUGAUCGUGACUCCGCGAAGCACUUCAAGCGUGCUAUGAAGUUCUAUGAAGCGUUGGCCAAGCGCGUAUCUAACAACGGCCACAUCGUUGACCUGUUUGCUGGGUGUCUGGAUCAAGUUGGUCUGCUCGAGAUGAAGUCGUUGACCAACUCGACGAACGGCGUGAUCGUGCUGUCGGACUCCUUCGCGACGUCCAUCUUCAAACAGAGCUUCUUGCGGAUGUUCAACAAGGAUGAUCAAGGUAAUCUUGAAAUGGGCUUUAAUGCAACAUUCGAUGUGCAGACCACGAAAGAACUGAGGGUGUCUGGGCUGAUCGGCCAUGCCAUCUCUGCAGGGAAGAAGUCCGCAUGCGUGGGCGAGACGGAGAUCGGUAUCGGCCAGACGUCCGCAUGGAAGAUCAACUCCAUCACCCCAAGCACCGCGGAAGCCAUCUAUUUCGAGGUGGUGACACCCGCUGGGCAGCCGCUCCAGCCGGGCUCGCGCGGGCUGAUCCAGUUUGUGACGCACUAUCAGCACUCCUCGGGCCAGCAGCGCUUGCGUGUGACGACGAUCGCCCGGAACUUUGCCGAGGCGGGCUCGCCGAGCAUCGCGGCGUCGUUUGACCAGGAGGCGGCAGCGGUGCUCAUGGCGCGCAUCGCGGUGUUUAAGGCAGAGAUCGACGACUCGCCGGAUGUGCUUCGUUGGCUUGACCGCAUGCUCAUCCGUCUGUGCCAGAAGUUCGCGGAUUAUAGGAAGGAGGAUCCAACGAGUUUCAGGUUGUCGGAUAACUUCAGCAUUUACCCUCAGUUUAUGUUCCACCUGCGAAGGAGCCAGUUCUUGCAAGUGUUUAACAACAGUCCGGAUGAGACGGCAUUCUAUAGACAUAUACUCAAUGAAGAGGAUGUCAACAACUCCUUGAUCAUGAUCCAGCCGACCCUCAUGUCAUACACUUUCGACCAGCCAUCGCAGCCCGUCCUCCUUGACAGCGUCUCGAUCAAGCCAGAUGUCAUCCUGCUACUCGACACGUUCUUCCACAUCCUCAUCUUCCACGGAGAGACGAUUGCCCAAUGGCGCAAGGCCGGCUACCAGGACCAGGAGGGUUACGAGAAUUUCAAGGAGCUUCUCGAGGCACCUGUAGCUGAUGCUCAAGAUCUCCUCGUGGACCGCUUCCCUAUUCCUCGUUAUAUCGUUUGCGACCAGAAUGGUAGUCAAGCACGGUUCCUCCUGUCCAAAUUGAAUCCCUCGACCACGCAUAUGUCUACGGGCAUGUAUGGCCAGGCUGCAUCUGGGGCCACAGGACAGGCGAUCUUCACGGACGAUGUCAGCUUGCAGGUCUUUAUGGAGCAUCUCAAGCGCUUGGCGGUAGGAGCUCAGACAAAUUGACGAGUUUCGUGAAUGCGUUGGCUGUAUUUAUACUUUGGCAUGCGGAAAGAAAUUUUACCUCCCAUGUUCUGCACGCUUUAGAGUACCGAUGGUGUGAUUUCUGCGUCUGCUGGCUGAUCAAGUAGGAACAAUUAGUUUGCGCUUUCGAUGGCGCAUUUCAAUCAAGGGCGUUACGAGGG